AUCCAUGACUACAACCCGGGCAUACAGCCCAACUCCCUCGGCUCUACCCGUCUGGCAGACCAUCUUGUAACCCAAACGUAAGCUGCCAGUCACACUAACAUUUAACCGGUUGCAACUCUAAAAGCUGUUAGGGUGGCAGUAGUAGUUAAUCGCUGAUGGCUGGCGCACGUGACUGCGCUCUUUUUUGUUCGUUCACCGUCUUUUCUGCUAACAGUGAGGGUUUGCCUGCACACAGGCGGGUCCGCUCAGCAGCCAUCACUGAAAGUUUAGAGAAACUCAAACCGGUAGGCACUGCUAGCUAUCGAUAAGCACUUGUUCAAGUAUAUAAAUGGGAGGGCUUAUUCUUCUAAACCCGAGUAAGAUAUAGAAUUAUCACAAGAUGCCUAGAAAUCCAACCAACACCCUUAUAAUAACUCACUUACCUGGUGAAAUUAUACAAGAUCCAACUCCGUUACUUAAGGAUCUUGCAGUCGAUAAUAGUUUACUUGAACUUAUAUCGCUUCCUAAAUUCAAUAGGAUAUUAAUCAUUUGUGAGUCUAGUCAAUUAGCCAUCCACAUUCGUCAUAUGCUUAAGAGCAGUUCUAACUGGAACUAUUUAAGAAUCACUUAUUCAAUCAGAGAUAACCAGAUGUCCAUAACCAGUAAUCCUCACUAUUUAAUUCAACAAGAUUCUAAACAAUAUUUGGAAUUACCGCUGGAACUGGGGAGUAGACGUUUCCUUAUAUCACCUCCUUUAUCACCCCCUGCAGAAUGGGACCACUGGGAUAAAGUUGAAGAAGGCCCUAGUAACAAGACUUUCCCCACUGAUGAAUUAACAAAUUUACUUUGGGAAAGAUUAGGUGGGUUUGAUAGUUCCCAAGUUAGAAAGUAUCAAGAUUAUUCUGACAAUGAAUCUCUUUCUUCCGAGGAUAACGAUUAUACCCAUCAUGCAAAAGAUAACUUGGUGGUUGAUCUUAAUAUGAAACCAGAGGUUCUUUUCGAAGAUAUCGAUAAUGGUGUUCCGGCAAUCGUUUUGGAUACCGUCAAUAAUAGGGGCCCACACACUCUGUCUGCCAAACUGCGUCCUCCCAAAACUUCUCUACCUCCUUUAAACUAAUUAUUUGCAUCUUUUACUUCUAUUAUCUAGUUUGCCCUAAUAUAUAUACCCGUACACCCGGUUAUCACGCCCGUACACCUAAAAUUAGGAAGCGAGAGGGAAGGAAAAAAAAAAAAAAAAAAA